CUGACAACAGCAGUUUUCGUCUUGGAAGCUGGACAGGGCCGGUCUUUGCAUCUGCGCUCUGUGCUUGGAACCCAAGUAUGUAGCCAGGACAGAGCGUCAAGUUCUUUGCCAGAUGAAAAAAAGGAAUUUCUGAAAAAUGGACCUGAUUUGCAAGAAUUUGUAUCUGGGGAUUUUUCAGACAAGAACACAUGGGCUGAUUAUAAAGGCAACGUAAAGCGUGAGAAGGGAGAAAGGUUACGGCUUCCUCCGUGGCUGAAAACUGAGAUUCCUAUGGGAAAAAACUAUAAUAAAUUGAAGAGCACAUUGCGAAGUUUAAAUCUUCAUACAGUGUGUGAAGAAGCACGUUGUCCAAAUAUUGGAGAGUGCUGGGGAGGGGGCGAGUAUGCCACUGCUACAGCAACGAUCAUGCUGAUGGGUGACACAUGUACCAGGGGUUGUAGAUUUUGCUCAGUAAAGACAGCAAAAAGUCCACCUCCAUUGGAUCCUAAUGAGCCUUACAAUACUGCCAAAGCUAUAGCUGAAUGGGGCCUGGAUUAUGUUGUCUUGACUUCUGUGGACAGAGAUGAUAUGCCGGAUGGAGGAGCUGAACAUUUUGCAAAGACAGUCUUGCAUUUGAAGGAAAGGAAUUCAGGAAUUCUAGUCGAAUGCUUAACCCCUGAUUUUCGAGGGGACCUGAAAGCAGUGGAGAAAGUUGCCUUGUCAGGACUAGACGUAUAUGCACAUAACGUGGAAACUGUUCCAGAAUUACAGAGGAAAGUCCGGGAUCCUCGAGCCAAUUUUGAGCAAUCUCUGUGUGUUUUGAAGCAUGCUAAGAAGGUCCAACCUGAUGUAAUUUCUAAAACCUCUAUUAUGCUGGGGUUAGGCGAGACAGAUGAACAAAUACAUUCAACAAUGAAACUAUUACGUGAAGCAGAUGUGGACUGUUUGACCUUAGGACAAUAUAUGCAACCAACAAAACGUCACCUAAAGGUUGAGGAAUACGUUACUCCUGAAAAAUUUAAAUACUGGGAAAAAGUGGGAAAAGAGCUUGGAUUUCAUUACACGGCUAGUGGCCCUCUUGUACGCUCCUCUUAUAAAGCAGGUGAAUUUUUCUUGAAGAAUUUAAUAGAGAAAAGGAAGACAAAGGCCAUUUAAAAUGGGAAUGGUCUCAUCUUCAGAGAAUUUCAGCUUUAUACCGUCACAUUUUCCAAAAGUUCAAUUAAUUGCAAAAACCAAGUGCCAGAUGGUAGACUUCUAGGAAGAUGCUGAGUGUAUUUAGAAUUCUGAACUGUUGGCAAAACAAAUUCAUCUCAUUUUUCAUUUCAGUAGAGUGUUAUGUCUCAGCUCUGUUGUUAGGGAACCCUGGCACAGGACGCAGUCUGUCCGACUCGCAAAGAAUUCCCCCUCCCUCCCUUCCUCUACCUAAA